CAUGGCCCUGGGUUGGAUGGCGUUUAUUCUGUUUGGAGGGUGUAGUAUAGCGCUUGAAAAUGCAAAGACCUUGACUGUGUCUCAAAGAUGUAUGAAGGACACCAACACGUUCCUCUGGGAAAUUAAGCAAGACAUGCCGAAGGAAUACGCUGUACUCAUGUACGAUGCAUUUGGAAAGCUGGGUAGCAAUGUCGAAGGAGGCAAUACCAACCAGCCUGGCCUGUUGCAGCAGUGUCGCUCUGCACACGGUCCCGCCUUCUCUGGACAGUACUGCCAGGUGUUCCUUAGGCAGGGAACAGUCCAGUACUUUGUGGGUAUUUGUGUUCCUGACUCCUGUGGGGAAGACGAUGUGGAAAUGCUGGUGCUGUACGGGAGACUGCAGUUUGAUAAGACGUCCCUCAUCCCUCCUUUACCUCCCAUCCUGGUCAAUCAAUCCACCCAGGAGAUGAUCAUGACCCACUGCUUGCCCAACACCAUUGUCCCUGAUGCAUCAGAUGUCACCUGUCUGUUUGUGUGUUGUGCAAUGGUAGCAAUUCCUCUUGCAGCUACCCUGUUUACAGCUAUAAUACGGUGGCACCGGAACAGAGAGGUCAGUCCAACAGCGGCGUCUUCCUGUUUAAACACUGGCCUGAACCUUUAUGGGACCCUGAAGACCAACAGCUCCUCCAGUAGCGAUAUAAAUAGCAACACUUCAGAGGAAAAUAGUAGUCAAGGUACCAGGCGCACUCCACUGCGUUUUCCUCGAAGCUGUGUGUCCCGGUGCCUUCAGGCGUUCUCUCUACAGACCACCAGCCAGGGUGUAUUAAGCACCUCCUCAUCCAUCCCAGGAGGAGGCUACUCCUCCCUUAAUGGCAUCCGUGUUCUCAGCCUGUUAUGGAUUAUGUGUGGACACUCUGCACAGUUCCCCGUAAUAAACAAUCUGGACAACUACAAAAACUGGGAGAAAACAGUUGAAAGCAGCCCUCUGCAUGUGCUCUCCAUCAGCGGGCCUGUUUUUCUGGCUGUGGACACCUUUUUACUGCUCGGGGGUCUGCUCAGUGCGAGGUCUCUGCUGGGAUCCAUCAACAGGGCUGAAGACAAACUGAGUCCCAGUUUGAUCGCUAACUACCUCUUCAGGAGGAUUAAAAGGAUUCAACCACUGCAUCUGUUUAUCAUGUGUCUAACCAUCAGCCUAAUCUCACUGAUUCAGUGGGGACCCUACUGGUUUCCAUUUAUAGAUGCACUGAUGGAUUGUAAGACCUACUGGUGGGCUAAUUUGCUGUUGAUUAGCAACCUGCUCCCAGUCCAUGAGAUAUGUAUUCCUUGGACAUGGUACCUGUCUCUGGACUUCCAGUGUUAUGCCACCACUCCUCUGCUGGUCUAUUUUUACAGACUAAACAGAGGUGUGUUUGUGGUUGUCGCUGGAGGCCUUCUGCUGAUGACCACUGUGGUCAGUGCUGUUAUAACUGCACUCCUGCAGCUGCCGGUGUUUCAGCCAUCAACACUGACAUCUGAAAAUUACGUCUUGUAUUACUAUGUGAAACCCCACACAAGGUAUGGCCCUUUUUUAGUAGGAAUCUUGACUGGAAUAUACUUGACAACAAAGAAAAAUCAGCUGUUAAAGCAAAAGUGGCAGGCGCUGCUUGGUUGGCUCUGCUGUCUGUCACUCAUGGCUGUGGUGGUGGGAUUGGCAUAUGUCCUCAGGGAGACCCCAGCUCAUCCAUCUGUGCCACAUGCCCUCUACCAGGGACUGCACAGGCCGCUCUGGGCUCUGGCUGUGACCUGGAUCAUAGUGGCUUGUGAGGAGGGUUACGGAGGUUUCAUCAAGAGCCUCUUGUCACAGGGUUUCUGGGUUCCUCUUUCUAACAUUAGCUUUGCCUGCUAUCUGACACAUCCUGUCUUCAUCAUCCUCUACAUCGGCUUGCAAGAGACCCCAAUCCACUACACAGACCUCAACUUUAUGUACAUGUUCCUUGGCCACCUGGUGCUCACACUGGUGGUCGGCUAUGUGUUUACUGUUCUGGUUGAGAAGCCUUACCUCCUCCUAAAAUGGAGCAGUACAUAACAAGACAAGUCAACACACAAAAGACUGUAUCCAGUUAACACCCUUAUAUUACUGUACAUUCUGUUUGCUUGUGCCUUGUAAGCUAUGCCAAUUGUUCCGUUCCGCUUUUGUAGAUAUUAAACCUGUUUGUUUCUAAAAAAGAAACCAAGAAAAAAGUCAGAGGGUUUUUUCUAUAGUGAUCUGUCAGGGUUUACAUUACAACUUUUACAUUGCAAACAGUAUCCUGCAGUCUACAGAAGAUACAAAACACAUUUAUCAACCUUGAAAGUGAUAAUGUGGAAAAUAUAUUGAAAAUGUUUUUGAGUUUUCAUCUCCACAAUCUAUAUCACCAACAAAUAAGUAAUGGGAACUGGGAUACAGGGGUGGCACAGUGGUGUGGUGGUUAGCACUCUCGCCUCACAGCAAGAGGGUUGCCGGUUCGAUCCCGGGCGUGGGAGCCCUUCUGUGUGGAGUUUGCAUGUUCUCCCCGUGUCAGCGUGGGUUCUCUCCAGACUCCGGCUUCCUCCCACAGUCCAAAGACAUGCAGAUUGGGGACUAGGUUAAUUGAUAACUCUAAAUUGCCCAUAGGUGUGACUGUGAGUGUGAAUGGUUGUUUGUCUCUAUGUGUCAGCCCUGUGAUAGUCUGGCGACCUGUCCAGGGUGUACCCUGGUUUUCACGCCCGAUGCCAGCUGGGAUAGGCUCCAGCUCCCCCGCGAACCCCAAGAGGAUGAAGAGGUUAGAAGAUGAAUGAAUGAAUGAAUGAAUGAACUGGGAUACACUGAUCUGUGACUUAAAACGUAUGUGGGCCAGGGCCAUUUGCCCCUUCCCUACCUCCUACUCCCCUACUUCUGGCCCCCUUACUGGGACCAUCCUUGAACUCAGCCCUUGGCUCUUUCACACAUGCAUUGCAAACCUGAAAUUAUCUAGACAUUACAGAGAAGAGCUGUAUCUGAGAAUGCAAAUGUCCCAGUGUCAGCUGGAUCGUACAUUAAACUGACUUUACCUGCCAGCUCCCAAGUAAAAAGUCUGCGUAAUGUCAGAAUGAGCUCAUGUGUAAAUAGCACAGCUAUUUGUCCAGAGAACUCACAGCAAAUGAGUUGGUGUGUUGAUGACAUGAUGAUUUCUAUGAUGUAGCUUGCACAAAACUGGAAUAAAGUUUACAUUGAAGGGUGUAAUGGCAGAAGCCAAAAUCAUGAGACCAAUUCAAGGAUGACUCUGUUGUUUAUGACCAAAUUACAAACUGGCUACGUGACGUUGUAAUCCAUGUAAUGUCUUGUCUCCUGCACGGUCUACUCAGGCACCAUCCAUUGCCCGGCGUCAUGUUCAGCGUCAUACUUGCGUUUGACCAUGUUGUUGCAGAAAUUCACUGUACUUUGAAAUUAAG